AUGCCCAGGCGGUCCCCGUGGGGUGCUGACGGCGGGACCGGCAGGAUCAGGCCCCGGCCCCCGUGGGGUGCUGAUGGCGGGACCAGCAGGAUCAGGCCCCGGCCCCCGUGGGGUGCUGAUGGCGGGACCAGCAGGAUCAGGCCCCGGCCCCCGUGGGGUGCUGAUGGCGGGACCAGCAGGAUCAGGCCCCGGCCCCCGUGGGGUGCUGAUGGCGGGACCAGCAGGAUCAGGCCCCGGCCCCCGUGGGGUGCUGAUGGCGGGACCAGCAGGAUCAGGCCCCGGCCCCCGUGGGGUGCUGAUGGCGGGACCAGCAGGAUCAGGCCCCGGCCCCCGUGGGGUGCUGAUGGCGGGACCAGCAGGAUCAGGCCCCGGCCCCCGUGGGGUGCUGAUGGCGGGACCAGCAGGAUCAGGCCCCGGCCCCCGUGGGGUGCUGAUGGCGGGACCAGCAGGAUCAGGCCCCGGCCCCCGUGGGGUGCUGAUGGCGGGACCAGCAGGAUCAGGCCCCGGCCCCCGUGGGGUGCUGAUGGCGGGACCAGCAGGAUCAGGCCCCGGCCCCCGUGGGGUGCUGAUGGCGGGACCAGCAGGAUCAGGCCCCGGCCCCCGUGGGGUGCUGAUGGCGGGACCAGCAGGAUCAGGCCCCGGCCCCCGUGGGGUGCUGAUGGCGGGACCAGCAGGAUCAGGCCCCGGCCCCCGUGGGGUGCUGAUGGCGGGACCAGCAGGAUCAGGCCCCGGCCCCCGUGGGGUGCUGAUGGCGGGACCAGCAGGAUCAGGCCCCGGCCCCCGUGGGGUGCUGAUGGCGGGACCAGCAGGAUCAGGCCCCGGCCCCCGUGGGGUGCUGAUGGCGGGACCAGCAGGAUCAGGCCCCGGCCCCCGUGGGGUGCUGAUGGCGGGACCAGCAGGAUCAGGCCCCGGCCCCCGUGGGGUGCUGAUGGCGGGACCAGCAGGAUCAGGCCCCGGCCCCCGUGGGGUGCUGAUGGCGGGACCAGCAGGAUCAGGCCCCGGCCCCCGUGGGGUGCUGAUGGCGGGACCAGCAGGAUCAGGCCCCGGCCCCCGUGGGGUGCUGAUGGCGGGACCAGCAGGAUCAGGCCCCCACCCCCGUGGGGUACUGAUGGCGGGACCGGCAGGAUCAGGCCCCGGCCCCCUUUGCUUGCUGUCCCCCAGGCUGAUCAGGCCAGGGUUGAAGGGGGGGAGUGCAUUCCGGCUGAAAUCGGGGUGCCCAGGCUGCCUUGGGGUGUCCCCAAGCUCCCCGGUGCCACCCCGGUCACUCACCCCGGUCCCUGUCUUCCCCAAGGGAAGGUGCCAGCCAGCAGCAUCCUGGCCAGCGCUCCCUCGGACAAAAACCUGGACGCCUGGAGGGAGUCGGGCUGCCGGACCACGCACUGCAACCUGGAGGUGCUGCAGGAGAGCACCCUGGUCUUCUUGGCCACCAAACCCCAUGUCCUGCCAGGUGUCCUGCAGGAGAUCCGUCCUGCCGUAGGACCCCACCACAUCGUCGUCUCGCUGGCGGCUGGCAUCACCCUCCAGACGCUGCAGCGGCUUCUCCCUGCCGGGACCAAGGUGCUGCGGCUCAUGCCCAACCUGCCAUGCGUGGUGCAGGCAGGGGCAAUGGUCUUCGCCCGAGGCAGCGGUGCCGGUGACGGGGAAGCCGCCCUGCUGAAGAGCCUGCUGUCCUCCUGCGGGCUCUGCGAGGAGGUCCCCGAAUCCUACAUCAAUAUCCACACCGGCCUCAGCGGCAGUGGGGUGGCCUAUGUCUACCUGUUUGCCGAAGCCUUGGCCGAGGGAGCGGUGAAGAUGGGCAUGCCGGGUGGCUUAGCCAGCAGGAUCGCGGCUCAGACGCUGCUGGGUGCAGCGAAGAUGAUGCUAGAGACGGGGGAGCACCCGGCGAAGCUGCGAGGAGACGUCUGCACUCCCGGCGGCACCACCAUCCACGCGCUGCACCAACUGGAGAAGGGCGCGCUGCGGGCCACUGUCAUGAACGCCGUGGAGGCGGCCACCAACCGGGCAUGUGACAUGGCCAAGGACUAGCGGUCUGGCUGCAGAUGAGUCCCUCUGUCCCAUUCCCCGGGGGGCAGGAGAGGUGAUGGGGACCAGACCAAACCCCUUCAGGGAGCACGGGGACCCUGACACCCCCAGGAGACCCUUGCUGGGGGUGGGAGAUGGCGUGGAGCCACAUCCGUGCCGCGUGCUACCUCUGCAGGGCUGGGACCGAAUAAACGUGGGCAGCAUGAUGGCAGGCUUGGCUCUUUCUGGUCCCUUCAGUCCUGGCGGGGGGGCUACUGCACCCAACAUGGGGUCACCUCCACGAGGAGGUGACAACCAUGGGCCAGCAGGGAUGGAGCUGAUGCCACGCUGGCUCUAGGCUCACCGGCGCUGUGCCAGGAUGGAUGGCACUGGGGACAAGGAUGGGGACGGGGUUUUGGGGAUGGGCUGAUCCCAAAUCAAGCCUGCUGGGGCUGGGCAGAGCGGCCGCAUCCCUGCAGCAAGAGGCGAGGACCGUCGGUGGGUGCUGUGAGGAUGCCAAGGGACCUUGAGAAGCAGGGAGCUGGCAGGAUGAUGUGGGUGAGCACAGAGAAAGGCUUUGAUUUCCCAACUCGGUGCCAAGCAGGAGCGCUCGGUGCGUGGGUUACACGCGGGCACCGAUGCCUGCUCGGCUCUGGAGAUGCGUGCAUGAACGCAGAGCUGUUGUCCACAUCCCAGAACCGUGGGCGAGAAGUCAAAUGGCUGAAAAACCUCCACCUCCUACCCUGGCCGGGCACC